AUGGCGGCUCAAAAUAUGAAUAUCUACCGCAACAUUACCUGCUUUCCUGGAAGGAAGUCUAUAAAACCUCCCAUCGAAUGUGCACUUGAAAUUACGACGAUUGUGUGUACGUGCGUUUCUCUUUUUUGCCUGCUAUUAUCAUUUAUUACCUACAGCCUUUUCCCAUUGCUACGAACAUUGCUUGGCAAAAAUAAUAUGUGUCUAAUACUAUCCCUCUUCAUUGCACAAACAUCUUACACUAAACAUGACUUUUUUGUAUAUAUUAAACUUUUCUCGCUGACCGGAAUCACCUGGAUCGGGCAAAUAAUAGAUUCAUUUGUUCCUUUAUCAUUGUUCUCUUUUGUUGUGACAAUACUUACAGGUUUACAAGGGUUAUUUAUAUUGCUAAGUUUUGUUUGUAACAAACGAGUUAUCAAAUUGUUUUUUGUUAUUUUCAAUGUAAUCAGAAAGAACGAUGGCGGGAAAUGA